AUGGCCAAAAAUAAUCUCACCACUGUAACUGAGUUUAUUCUCAUUGGCUUCACUGAUUACCCCAAUUUGGAGAUUCCCCUCUUCCUGAUGUUUCUGACUUUCUAUCUAGUUACCAUUAUUGGGAAUAUCGGCAUGGUCAUUCUGAUUCAAGUGGACACCCAGCUCCAUACCCCUAUGUACUUCUUCCUGAGCCACCUCUCCCUGCUGGAUGCCUCCUACAUCUCAGUCAUCACCCCUCAGGUCCUAGUCACACUAGCCACAGGACAAACAGUCAUCUCCUAUGGCCAAUGUGCUGCCCAGUUCUUCUUCUUCACCAUCUGUGCAGGGGCAGAGUGUUUCCUGCUGGCAGUGAUGGCCUAUGACCGCUAUGUUGCUAUUAGCAACCCACUGCUCUACACAGUAGCUAUGAGUCCCAGACUCUGCUGGAGUUUGGUAGUGGGAGCUUAUGCCUGUGCGAUAUCGGGGGCCAUCCUACGGACCACAUGUACCUUCACCCUUUCCUUCUGUAAUGACAAUCAGAUCAACUUCUUCUUCUGUGACCUCCCACCACUCUUGAAGCUCUCCUGCAGUGACACCACAAAUGUGGAGAUUAUCAUUGUCAUAUUUAGCUUUUUGUUUUUGGCCAAUGCCUUUGUCAUCCUGAUUUCCUACGUGCUCAUUGUCAGGGCUAUUCUAAGAAUGAAGUCUUCUGGUGGCAGGGCCAAGACUUUCUCCACAUGUGCCUCCCACCUCACUGCUGUGUCCCUUAUCUUUGGGACACUUGUAUUUAUGUAUAUACGCGGUGGGUCACAAAAGUCCCUAGAAGAAGAGAAGGUGGUAUCUGUCUUCUAUACUAUGGUCAUCCCCAUGUUGAACCCUCUGAUCUAUAGCUUGAGAAACAAGGAUGUGAAAGCUGCCUUUGGAAGGACCAUUGGUCGAUUCCAAGUAUCCCAGAGUAUGUAA